AUGGGUUCGGCUGCAUCCAAGCCAGUCGCCGCCAAGUCGGCAGAGACUCCCAACGAGAAGAGCGGCUACACGGUGUCGCUCGACUCGUCGCGCGCAUCGGCGCACUCGUCGAGCAUCGUCAAUCACCAUGCUGCGGACCGUCUGGCGCGCAUCCAGGCCGAGACGCUCGCUCGCUACGCCACCUCAUCCGCGCCCACUGCCUCGACGGAGGCACGCGCAGGCAUCUCGCUCGCCUCCCUGUCCGACUGGCAGGACGCGGCGCUCACCACGCAGGCGGCGCGUCUGGCGCAGAUGACGCUGCACAAUGCGCCCAUCGCAGCGAGCCUGCACCGUCGCGAGACCGAGGUGUCGUGCGCACACGUCUUUUCGCACGCCAUCCCGUACGAGGUGAAGCCGGUGGUGAACCAGAAAAGCUCCGGCCGCUGCUGGCUCUUCGCCACGUGCAACGUGAUCCGCCACGAGGCAGCCAAAGGGCUCGAGCUCGACGAGUUUGAGCUGAGCCAGAGCUACCUCAGCUUCUGGGACAAGCUGGAGAAGGCCAACUACUUUUUGGAAAACAUGAUCGAGCUUGCCGACGAGCCGCUCGACCAGCGCGUCGUGGGCUUCCUCAAGACGGCGCCCACCAACGACGGCGGCCAGUGGGACAUGGUGGCGAACCUGCUCGAGAAGUACGGCGUGGUGCCCAAGGCGGUGUAUCCGGAGAGCUACAACUCGAGCUACUCGAGCCAGAUCAACUGGCUCGUUACGCUCAAGCUGCGCGAGUACACGCUCGAGCUGCGCGAGAUCAAGCGCGACGUGCAGCGCAAGCUGUCCGCCACCUCGAUUGGCGCCAGCCAGGUAGCGCGUGCGGUGGCGGAUGCGCAGCGCAGGAGGAAGGAGGAGCAGAUGGCCGAGGUGUAUCGCAUGCUGGUCAUCGCUCUGGGAACGCCGCCGCAGCCGGAUGCCGAGUUUACCUACAAUUACCGCAACCGCGCCGGCAAGUUUGUGAGCCUCACCUCGACGCCGCGCCGCUUCCUGGCCGAGUACACGGGCAGUUUCGACCACAAGCAGCGGUGCUCGCUAAUCCACGACCCGCGCCACCCGGCGGACAAGCUGAUCACCGUCGAGCGGCUCGGCAACGUCUGGGAGGGCACACCCAUCAGCUAUGUCAACACCACCGUCGACGUCAUGCGCGACGCGGUGGUGCGCAGCAUCAAAGCCGGCCACCCCGUCUUUUUCGGUUGCGACGUCGGGCAAUUUUCCGACAAGACGAGCGGCAUCAUGGAUCCCGCGCUGUUCGGAUACGCCGAUGCAUUCAACAUCACGCUGGGCCUGACAAAGGCACAGCGCAUCGAGCUGGGCGAAAGCUCCAUGACCCACGCCAUGGUCAUCACGGCGGUGCACAUCAACAAAGACGGCAAGGUGGAGCGCUACCGCGUCGAAAACUCGUGGGGCGAAGCAGGUGUGGGCAACGACAAGGGCUUCAUGGUCAUGAGCCACGAGUGGUUCGAGCAGUUCAACUACCAGGUCGUCGUCAGCCGCAAGUUUGUCCCACCGCAUCUCUGGACGCUGUUUACCAACGGCGUGGACAAAGACACGAUUCGUCUGCCCCCCUACGACCCAUUGGGUGCACUUGCCUAG